ACGCCGACCCAGCUUGGUGAAAUCGCCGAAGUAAAGAAAGCAAUCGAUCGCAUUACUAAACGAGAACUUGCAUCAAUUUGAGAGCAUGGAGUUUUGUAUGAAAUAUUUUCCAUUGAUAACCCACGGACCUGAAUCUUCUUCCUUGCUAAUGCACGUGCUGUUUUCUAAAGCCCUUUUAAAGCCCAGUGCAAGUGCAACAGAGGACCUGAUGUGGCACAUUCGCAGCGUAUAUAUAAAUUCCAUGGAUGUCAUCGAAAAUGUCAGAGUAAGAACAAGGCACAAACCUCUCUUGAGAGCUAACCGUACACUAGAAGGUGGAACAACAAGAUCGCCAUUUUCUCAUGCGCAACACCAGCCAGGAUGCUAGCUGUACGAGGGAACACAGUUUCAGCCGAGGAGAAGAGCAUUCGUGAAGAGCUGGAGGAAGAGAUAGAGAGGGAUCUAGAACAAGAGAUCAUCGACCAAAUGUUUCGACUCACUCGUCGCUUGCAGAGUCUGUAUCAGCACAAGGAUAGGAGAGAACUUAUUAAUGGCUCACCCAGUUACAUUUACCAGUGGCCUACAGCAAAUGCAAUUCUUUCUGAGAUGAACAUCAGUGUCAGGUUGGAUGGGCAAUGCAGAAUCGACAUAACUAAGGUUGAGCAACAUGCUGAUCCCGUUCAAGUGAGGUCGUGGCCCGAUACUGAUCCACCUGAGAAAAGAAAGGGAUCUCCGAUGAGAAAGCGGGGGAUACGGUUUAUCUCAGCAAGCAACAAAACCAUCCAGUUGUGCCCUGGAGAUAAGUAAGCAUAUAGUAGUAUACACUCGAAGCUCACAGCUGAGAAACAAUAACAGAGACGCGUAAAAAAAAGAGUAUGAACUUGUGUGCUAAAUCAAUGUAAUUCAGGUAUAAAUGCAAUUCAACUAUGUAAAAGGAUAUAGCCUCUUCAUGGAAAUAAUA